ACAAUGUCCCUCUCCAGCAUCCGUGUGGCAGCAGCUGCUGAUCCCUCCCCCUCUCUCCCCUCACAUGCAGGGAGCUGCGGGCAGUAAGACAUCCAGGAGGGGGAGUGAUAAGGAAGCUGGCCUGACAUGAAGAGCAGCUCUGGUCUGGUGGUCACUCCGGAGGCAGAUAGGAGCUCAGAGAGAGGCUAGAGGAGGGUGUAAAGGGAAGCAGUGUUUCUCCCCCACCACAAUCCAAGGUGAUCCACAGGGCUGGUUGGCUGAAGAAAAGCAGCGGACUGCUGGGACUAUGGAAAGAGCGCUACAUCCAGAUUCUUCAUACGCAGCUUCUUGUGCGUGACAGUGAGGAUGAGCAGAAGGGUGCAGAGAUGUUGGAGCUCUCUAACUAUGAGCGGUGCCAAGACCAAAAAGCCUUCCUCAAACGCAAAAGACACUUUUCUUUGAUACCAUCCCAAGGCGCAAAGGUGCAAGAUGUGAAAUUUCAGGCCAAGAAUAUCGAGGAAAGAGACGCAUGGAUCCAGGCCCUGAAUGAUGGAAUAAACCGGGGCAAAAACAAAAUCUUUGAUGAGGUGAAGGUAGACACCAGCUGCUCACUAGAACAUGUGACUCGGGAUCGUAUUAAAGUCGGUGCAGCAAAAAGAAGACCUCCCACGAGGAUCCACCUCAAAGAGGUGGCGGAGGCUGCUGAUGAUGAUUCACUAAGACUAGGUCUGGAGGCGUUGGACACUGGAAUCUUGACAGUAGUUACCCCUCUCCCUAAGGGUAAGGCUACAGAGCCACAACCUCAGAAGGAACCAGUAAAGAUCCCCAUGCCACCUACAAAGCCAAACAAUUCUGCUGUCCCAGAGUCUUCUGUUGCUGAUGCCACAGACAGCAAUGAACCAGCACCUUCUGCACCAACCCCUCCUCCAAAAAGCCUGAAAGAAAGUGUUUAUGCCCAUGAGAGGCUGUUGUCUGAAAAUGAGGAGACGAAAGUGGGAGAAAAACCAGAAGUCAAAACGCCCAACAGUGUGAGCAAAGAAAGUCUGAGUGAGGCAGUAAGCUCUCCUCCCAAACCUCCCCCCAAAAUUUUGUCAGACAAGAUGAAGAUUAAAUGGGUGGGAUCAUCUUCAGACAUAUUGGAAAAUGAAAUCAUUGAACCAGCUGAGAGAGGAAGCAAAGAGAACCUGGUAGACUUUGAGUCCGAUGAGCUGGUGAAACCACUAAGCACAUGUAAAGGGGUACUCGCAGAGGACAUAGAAAGAAAGGAAGUUAACGGUAGCAUCAGCAGCCUACAGAAAGAAAGUCAGAGGGUGUCAUGUCAUCUGAGUGAUGAGGUCACAGAUGGAGAAGACAUUCAGGAUGUAAUGUCCCCAGAGAGAAAUACUAUGCACAUUGCUGUAGAAGAAAAAGACAUCCUAGAGGAAAAUGAAAUGCCUACCAAUGACAUUCAAGAAAAGCCUAAAAAACAGCCAGUUACACUCUUUUGUGAUGAGAAAACUCCAAAGUUACAGUACAAAAAGAAACCCAUACAAACUCCAAUAGAAACUAGUGGCCUUGAAAGGCAAACAAAGUCACUUUCAAUGGGGGACCUCUUAUCUGAAAACAAAAAGGACAAUACGAUAGACCAUGACAACUCUAUAUUACAACUAACUAAAGACCAUUUAAACAAAAUGGAGAUGAAAUUGGCCUGUGGAAGAGAGAGGACAGAGACUCUUUUAAACCAGGUCUUGAAAGCACAACUCAGACAGACCCCAGAGAGCAAUAAGCUCGGUGUUAAUCAAGUGACACUUCUUAAUGAGGUAAUGAAGGACCUUCAAGAAGCUGCAGAAGUAUUGCAGGAGAUCAAAGGACCCAAAAACACAUUAAAUAUGCCAGAGGUACUGAGUGAAAAGCAGAAAGAGAAGCACAAAGACUUACUAGUGCUCCAGAGGAGAAGUGUUAAUUUUUAAUAAUUCCUUAGUUGGAAAACGGAAGAACUUGCGGAUAUCAGAGCACAAACUGCUUUAGCACUUUACCUUUUAUCAUUCUCAACUUGAGGCUUGAGGACAAACACAUAUUCCUACUAAUAACGCUAUGUGCAUUCUGUUUUGAAUGGUUCUGUCUUUGCUGUAUCUCUAACUAUGUAAAGACUUCACAGGAUUCUUUCUUUGGAAUUCAGAGAACAUGUCUAAUCCUAGAGCAUUUACCUGUAUGUACAGAGGCACAGAUUGUGGCAAUACACAAUACGAUGCCAUGCUUACCAAACAUGAGAUAUUUAACUAAAGUUAUAUUGUACAUUUUAAAUGAAAAUGCUAAUUUAUCCCAUACAUUUUAACAACAAACAAUAGGUGCUGGAAUCAUGGUGCUCUCUACACUGGCAGAGCAAUGGCAUCCAAGGCAGGUCAUUUUUUCUCUGGUAGAAUCUUUGUUUUAAGGUGCAUACACACGGAGAGAUUUUGACUAUGAGAGAUUUUGACUGAGCGAUUUCCCUUGAACUGGCAGUAGGAGAUUUUGACUAACUUUACCAGAGAUUUUGACUAACUUUUCCAGCGAUUUUGGCUAUGAGCGAUUUUAGCUAACUCAUUUAAGCAAGGGGUUGCCUUUUCUUUUCCAGCGACCUAGCCAAAAUUGACUUGCCUGCACAGUCUAUUUUUGGCAGCGAUAGCGACCUGGCGGGGACGCGCAUCGCUAUCGCUGGCUGUGUACACAUGGAGAGAUAUGCACUAACUUUCUGAGCGAUUUUGACUAUAUAGUCAAAAUCGCUCAGUUAUAUCGCUCCGUGUGUAUGCACCUUUACUCUGUGUUCUCAACAGCUGAGGCACCAGCACCUGGGUGUUUAGUAAAAGUGUUUAAUAAAAGAAUACACUGGAGUAACUCACAUCUGUUCCCUUUCUGCCACCUAACCAAUAGUCAUGCAACAGACAUCUCAUGUUCCACAUUUUACCACCCACAGAGAUAUAGGGGGUAUUUAUCAAGGCUUGGAGAGCGAUAAAGUGGAGAGAGGUAAAGGACCAACCAAUCAGCUUCUGUCAUUAUUAAAGCACAGCCUGUAAAAUGACAGUUAGAAGCUGAUUGGUUGAUACUUUUUUUUUCUCCACUGUAUCUUUCUCCAAGAUUGAACACAUUUCCCCAUAGAUUCUGAUAAUUUAGUGGACUGUAUAUAUGUAUAUAAUAAUUGUUGUUGUGCAUUACCAGAAUUAAAGUAUUGCUCUAGUUUCUAGACGGGAAUACUUAUGUAGAUGCGCGGCUUCUGCAGGUCUUCUAUGGAAUUAAAUGUGUAGGUGAAGCUGCCUAUACACAGUGCUUCUUAUUACUCAUGAAAGUACGGGGGCAUAAGGGUAACCUUAUUACAUGUGUUUGAAUGUUUAUAUUACACUGCUGCCUAGACAUGUCCUUUUCUGCAGAUGUGUACAACUGAAUGGCACAAAGUGUGUUCCAUUAAAUGUAAGUGACCUCCGGUGCUGCUAAAAGUCCCUGCUCUUAGCUAUGUGUGCCAAGUUCUAAACCCUCAUCCUGCAAAACAAAAGUCAUGUACACCCAGCUGUAGUUUGCAGUAUCAGGUCUCUUUGUAAGGCUAUAAUGCAUACCAUGGAAACCACAGAAACCUUGUGCAUCAUGAGAGAUCAUUUUGUGUUUAAAUGGUCAAUUAUUGGAGACAAAUUUGAGUCACUUUUUAUAACUAUCUUUUAACUAAUGCUACAAGUCUCUGCUUCAGCUGUCAAGGCUUAAAUAAAGAUGUGGGUAUACAUGCCAGUAAUCCAAUGAGAUACAACGUACUGACCUUGCUUCAAUCACUUUACUGUAUCUUUGUGUUUUACACUUGCUGGUUACCAGUGGAGUUUAUUCACACUGUGUGCCAAGUGCAGCUUCCAGCUCUGGAUAUGAUCCAGGACAUAGAAUUUGGUGCUAUUCAUCUGUGCUGGUUCUGAUCAAGUUUAACAGCUGGGAGAAAUGUCACUGAGUGUCCCGAAUACUCUGGGAAACCUGCCCUGAGAGUGUGGAAGCUCCUCCAAACUGCUCUCUUCUUAUUUUUGCCGAAGUUUAAUCCUUUACAACUUUAUCAUGAAACCUGACUACUGUCAUCAAACUGAUACAUUCAUUGUGUGUAUCUGCAUUUAGAACAUUAAGAGGGGAGCUGUAUCAAGCCUUCUAGAGAGAGAACGUGGAGAAUGUGUUUAUUGCAACCAAUCAGCUUCAUAGUUGCCUACCCUCCCGCAUCCUGUGGGAGCCUCCCGUUUCAGCCAUAAAUCUCCUGAUCCCCUGCUUUAUAGGUCAAUUCUCCCGGAUUCUUCAGAUUCUGUCAGGGGUGACACUAAGGAGUUUCUUUGCAAGAACAGUGAGUUGCUGUAGUUGCUCAGGAAUCACUGCUGACGGCUCUCAUUACCCCCCUUGUGUAUCCCCUGAGAGAGUGAGAGAGAGAGAUAGCAGUACCUGAUCACACACUCCUCUUAUCUGUGCCUCUGCUGCUGCUGCUGCUGCUGCUGCUGCUGCUGGUGUAAGAAUUGUUAGUAUAAUCUUUCUGUAGUUAUACACAUUUGUUUAAUUAGAGCAGCUGGUAUCUGUAAUGAUUUGGUUAAUGCUGCAAUGGAAUGGAAAACAGCACAUCCAAUAAAUAUAGGUCGUGCCUACAAGAUGCAGACAAUCCAGUGUUCCCAAUAAAAAUAACAUCUACUACACCAAAAUAA